CGACAAUUGACAUACACUUCCUCCGCCGCCCGUCGAUCUCUCCGGCGACUUCUUCGUCUCAAGGCAAACCAAUUUAAAGCCUUUAUCGUUCGUGAGGCAGGCGAAAGCUAUGGUGGAUUUAGAUGACUUGCUUCUGGAAGCUGCUGGGCGAACAAACGCAGCUCCUUCUAGAGCCCGUCACUCUCAUCCUCCUCCAUCAUCAUCAAGAAGACGCGAAGGCUCUUACUCUGAUGGUGGCAGUGAUUCAAGGGAAGAAGACUCUGACGAAGACCACCGUGGCUACCCAACAACUAGUAGAAAACCUUCUGGCUCUCAAGUCCCUUUAAAGAAGAGACUUGAAGCAGAGAGAGAAGCUGACACAUCUGACCGUGAAGCUGACGACGACAGCAGCGAGGAAUCCGACUUCGGAGACGAUCUUUACAAGAAUGAGGAAGACAGGCAGAAGCUCGCUGGGAUGACUGAGUUUCAGAGAGAGAUGAUUCUCGCUGAGCGUGCUGAUAAGAAAGGUGAUAAGAGCUUCACCGAGAAGCUUAGGUCCAAGAGGGAGAACGAGAAGAAUACAACCCCUGUUUCCAAGCCUCUUCCGGCGGCUUCUCGUGGUGUGAGGUCUUCUGCUAGAUCUGCAGAUAGAGCUGCUGCGAAGGAUGAUGCUUUGAAUGAGUUGAGGGCUAAGCGUAUGAAGCAGCAGGACCCUGCGGGUCUUAGGAAGCUGAGGGAUGCGUCGAAAGGUGGUUCAGGUAGCAGAGAUUUCUCUUCGAUGAAGAGGAAGCCUUUAGCUUCUUCGAAGUUGAGUGUCUCGAGUGACAGUGAUAGGUCUCGGAGUGACGAUGAAGGGUCUAAUGGAGGAAUGGUGGACAGUGAUGACGACAGGUCUGAUGUGCCUACGUAUGAGGAUAUUAAGGAGAUUACUAUUAGGAGGUCUAAGCUUGCUAAAUGGUUUAUGGAGCCUUUCUUUGAGGAGCUUAUUGUUGGUUGCUUUGUGAGAGUUGGGAUUGGAAGGUCAAAGAGUGGUCCCAUUUAUAGACUCUGCAUGGUCAAGAAUGUAGAUGCAGCUGAUCCAGACAAGGUGUACAAGCUAGAGAACAAGACUACGCACAAGUAUCUUAACGUGUUCUGGGGUAAUGAAAGCUCUGCUGCUCGUUGGCAAAUGGCGAUGGUCUCAGAUGGGCAUCCUCUGGAGGAAGAGUAUAGGCAAUGGAUCAGAGAGGUUGAGAGGACGAAUGGUCGUCUGCCCUCUAAGGAAGAUGUAUCAGAGAAGAAAGAAGCGAUCAAAAGAAUCAACAGUUUUGUUUACUCGGCGGAGACUGUUAAGCAGAUGUUGCAGGAGAAAAAAUCUGCAUCCGUCAGGCCAAUGAAUGUUGCUGCUGAGAAAGAUCGGCUUAGAAAGGAGUUGGAGAUUGCAGAGAGCAAAAACGAUCAAACAGGUGUGGAGAGGAUCAAAGCUAAGAUCAAGCAGCUCGAUGCAUCACGGAAUAAGAAAGGAGUAGAUAAAAAAGCUCUCAAACUCUACGAGAUGAACAAGAAGAACAGAGCUGAGAAUUUCAAGAACGCAUCCGAGGUGAAAUCAAUCACUGCUAGUCUCAAGGCUGGUGAAGCUGGAUAUGAUCCGUUUUCAAGGAGGUGGACACGGUCAUCGAACUACUACAAUGGUAAAAACAGUGGGAAAGAUGGAGGGGAGAACGAGGCGGCGGCUGCAGCAGCGAUUGAGAGCAAUGGAGCAGAUGCAGCAGGAGGAGAGAACGGUGUUGAAGCGACAGAAGCAGCUUUAGAAGCGGCUGCAGAGGCAGGGAAGCUAAUAGACACAAGAGCUCCAAUAGGUCAAGGAGCUGAACACAAUCUGAUGCAUAACUUUGAGUUGCCCUUGUCGCUAACUGCGCUGCAGAAGUAUGGAGGACCUCAAGGAGUACAGAAAGCGUUCAUGGCGAGGAAACAAAUGACAGAAGCAACAGUGGGAUGCAGAGUCGUUGAGAAUGAUGGGAAGAGACAUGGACUUACGUUAACUGUUAGUGAUUACAAGAGAAGGAGGGGUCUUCUCUGAUUAUUGGAUUAUGUCUCUCUCCAAGUCUUUUCAGUGUUUCAUCAUCUUCUUCUGUAAACUGGGCUUGGUUUCUUUCUUUCUGUUUGUACUUCUUUUCCUAAAAUAUUUUUGUAUUCGUUUCUUAGUGAACUCUCCUGAUUACAUGGAUUUGUCGUUUUUGAUCCUAAUGAUUAAAUUAACAAAAUACUUGGAUGGUUUGGCCAUGGA